AUGCAACAAAAUGUUAGUCCUUAUCCUACGCCUCCAGAGUAUUCGCUCAAUUACACGAAUGAUAACAUUAGAGCUGGAAACAUACCUAAACCUCCACCUGUGCCUUCAAAGUUCAAGAUCUUCAAUGAAGAGUACACUUUGGAUGGGGUAAGUGGUUUAAAUUAAAAUUUUUAUGUUUGCUAUCAUCGUAUAAACAUUUAUGUUGUUAUAGCCAAUGAUGCCCGCACUUCAAGAUCUGGAGAUUACCAAGUACUACAACUCGAAGGAGCCUUGGAAGUCAGAGUUGAAGAAACUGAACUUUAGUGUUGUUGCUGCUUUCCUAGAUCUUUUAGACAUCUUGAUAAAGUAAGUUCAAUUGUUUUUAAGGGUUGAUUUUUAGAAAUCCACAACAUGCAGAUCGAAAGGAGAAGAUAGAGACUAUAAGGACGUUGUUUAUAAAUAUGCAUCAUCUUAUAAACGAACAUCGACCUGUUCAAGCGCGAGAAACGUUGGUGGAGAUGAUGAAGAAGCAGAACAAGGAUUUAGCUGUAAGUUAUUGACUUGCUUAAGGUUUUUUGUUUAUAUUGACCUUGUUGUGUUUUAAUUUUGGUUAAUCUUGUUUUAGGGUGUGAUUGAGAGGCUGACGUUGCUCUUAAAGAAUGUAAAAACAAAAACAGUUGAAGUUCACAAAGAGUUAGAAGAAUGUAAAUUGGAUUUGAUAGUGCCAGAAUGUUCUUCUUCAUCAUUGUCACCUCCUGAACGUAGGUUACUUUAUGUUAUUAAAUUAAAUUGUUAUUUCAAUAUAAAGGCUUCAAGAAUUUUAGAUGUAGUUUGUUGUCUCAACUUUUAAAUGACGUUAAAUUAUUUUAGAUAAAGUUAUGUCCUACAAUAUUAUACAAAACAGACGUCUAACAGACAGAGAAAUCAAACGACAAGAGUUCAAGUGCCGAGAGGACGCCCUCAAAAAGCAUAUGAAGCUAAUGAAGUUGGCUCAAGAAGAAAAACCAGAAUUCACGGAAACAUUCAACGAUGAUGAUCUUGUAGACAAUGAAGAGAACGAAGCACAAGAACUCGAAAAGGCAGAAAGCAGUGGAAGCGAAAGCUCUGAAGUUAAUGAAGACGACUUCAUUGAAGAAGAAAAGAGUUCGGAUUCAGAAGAAGAGGUUGUUAAAGACGAUGUGCUGGAAGUUGCAGUUGAGUACAUGGAUGACGAUGAAGAUGAUGAGGACGACGAUGAUGAUGACCUUGAAGAUGUGAUGGACGAUUCAGAAGAAGAAAAGAAUGCAUCGUCACCGCAGGUAGUUAAUUUUGUGAUUGUGGCUUCGUUUUUGUUGUGUCUAUACCUAAACUGUUAUAUAAACCAUGAUUACAGACAGAAGCCUCCGCUGAUAAUAAUGUUGGUCUAGAACCUCCGUCAGAGUUUGUGGACGAUAAACGAGUGGAUGAUCCCGACGCAGAGAUGACUAUGAUGGCGGAAGACGAGUCUCAGAACUUCCCAUUGUCUCCAGAAUUGGAUAACAACGACUCGGGUGACAACUCGGAUCAAGAACGUCAAGAGUAA